AUGACAAUACCCAUUGCACUUAUACUCGUUUCUAUUACUCGCACAUGUCUAAUAACAUUAAAUUUGAAAAAACGAUUCCGACAACAAUCAACAGAACCACGAGCCUCUAAAACAUCGUCAAUUGCUUCAAAUCUUUUACCAGUAUCACCGGUACCUGUUGUUGUCUCAAGUCAAAACAGUACAGAGACGGGUGUUUCAACUUCCACAUCGACGUUAUAUUACCAUAAUUCACAUAGAUUAUCACAAAUACACUCACAUUCAAGACGAAGACGAAGUCGAUUAGAUAAUCAAAUGGUUAUAUUAAUUACAAUUAAUGUGGCACCAUUCGUCUCAGUUCAUAUAAUCACAGAAAUAGCCUAUUUAUUAGAAAAAUAUUCAACAAUUGUUAACGAAUAUCCCAUAUCAAAAUUGGUUAUCAUUCUGAUUUAUCUUAGCUGGUAUCUAAUAUCGGCAACAAGAUUUUACACAAAUUGUUUACUAUCAAGAAUAUAUCGUGAAGAAUUUAAAAAUAGACUUUACUUAUUGAGAAAUGGUUGUAAACCACGAACAAUCAUAAUUACAGAAAUAUCACAUCAGCGAUAUAAUUCAAGAUAUUGUAUUGGAAAUGAUCCAGCAAGUUGCAGCUUUAAACAACAACAACAACAAUAUACAUGUACACAAUCAUUCACAUAA